AUGGACGAAUUCCAACGGCGACGUAUUCAACAAAUGUUAGAUGAUGCUAGUGAUGAGGAAAUCUGGGGUGAUAUUUCUAGUGAUGAAAAUGAAGAUGCUGAACAAUCACAAGUUUCGAAUCACGAUACAGACACGGAACAGUCGGGAUACUCGGAUGAAGAUAAUGGUAUUACACGCGAUACUAUUGAUGUUUGUGAUGAAAAAAGUUAUCAUGAAUCUGAUGACGACUUACCUUUGGCUAUGCGGUUGGUCGAUUCGUAUUAUGGUAAAGAUGGUACUAAAUGGAACCGUGAAAAACCACUUCAGAUAAGACGAGCCUAUGCACAGAAUGUUCUUACCGAGAAAUCAGGUGUAAAAGAAACUUCGAGACAAGCGAAAACUAUAGUAGAUUCGUGGUAUAUUUUUUUUCCAAAAUCUAUGUUGGAAAUUAUAGUCAAAUAUACGAACGUAUACAUCCAAAAGGUACGACCAAAUUUUACGAGGGAACGAGAUGCUUCUGACACAAAUAUUGCAGAAAUAAAAGCUGUCAUUGGAAUUCUUUAUAUGAUAGGUGCUAUAAAAUGUGGACACCGAAGUUCGGAAGAUUUAUGGAAAAAGGAUGGAACAGGGGCAGAACUAUUUUCGUGCGUAAUGUCAGAACGAAGAUUCCGUUGUAAAACGGCCUACUCCAUGUCUGAAUAUACCUGCAUCGACGAAAAAUUACAAGCGUUCCGUGGAAAAUGUUCAUUUCGUCAAUACAUACCGAGUAAGCCAGCAAAAUAUGGAAUAAAAAUAUUUGCCCUCUGCGACAAUUUAAAUUUUUACACAGGAAAUCUUGAAAUUUAUGCUGGUACACAACCUGAUGGGCCGUUCAAAGUUGAUAAUGGUGCCGCUAGUGUUGUCAAACGGUUAAUUCAACCGAUUUCAAAAACUGGUAGAAAUGUAACUACUGACAACUGGUUUACCAGUGUUGAGUUAGCUAACGAUUUACAAAAAACACAUAAACUUUCACUACUAGGUACUUUACGGAAAAAUAAAAGACAGAUCCCCCCCGAGUUUACUCAAACAAAACACCGAAUUAUAACAUCUUCGUACUUUGCAUUUAGUAAAAAUCAAACGUUGGUUUCAUACAUGCCGAAAAAAAAUAAAAUUGUUUUAGUUCUUUCAACAAUGCAUUUUGAUAAAGCAAUUGAUACAAAUACGAAUGAAGCAAGAAAGCCGGAAAUAAUUACUUUAUAUAAUGCCACCAAAGGCGCCGUCGAUAACAUGGAUCGCAUGACGGAAAAUUAUACAGUAGCUAGGAAAAGUUUCCGAUGGCCAUUGACAGUAUUUUAUUCUAUGCUAAACAUCGGAGGUGUCAAUGCUCAAAUAAUAUAUCAAGAAAACUGCCCAAAUAACAAAAAGACACGUCUUGAUUUUUUGAAAUGUUUAUCUCGAGAAUUGAUGAAGGAGCAUAUGGAAUAUCGCUGCACUAUCAUAUCAUUACCAAAGGAAAUAAAAAAUAAAAUUGUAAAAUAUGGAUUUCAUGUAAAUGCUACAGAGGAAAUUCAACGAAUUCGACAAUCAGGGAGAUGUUCUUUUUGUGACAGAAAUAAGGAUCGAAAGACAACAAAAGUAUGCACAAAUUGUGCAAGACUUAUUUGCCGUGAUCAUCUCAUAGAAAUGUGUCCAAGCUGCUGUGAAGAAAUGUAA